GCCAGGGUGAACUUGGCAGGGAGGGAGCAGGUGGAGUUCAUGUCUUACCACAGUGUCCAGGUGUGCUUUCUUCUUACUUCCCCUCCCUUAGUAACUAUUGAUCCCUUUACCCAAGUGGCUGUCUUGUGGGAUAACAUGUAUUUCAGGUCUCUUCCACCCCAUCUCCUGCAAGAUAGGUCCUUUUUGACUUCUUUUCCCCAGGUAUAAUUGUUAAUUCGUGGGUGGUUCACAUGCCUUGAAAGUGAUCAGUCCUGAGAGUGGGCAGGGCGGUGUGGAUGCUGGGGAUCACACAGGAUAUAGACACCUUCUGAGGUUUGUGAAGCCUUUCCCAUCAGCUAAUUUUGGAGCAGGGUCCUUCCAAGUGAGCACCCUCCAUCGAAGCUGUGAACCUGCCCCUUCUCGGAGGCUUGCAGAGCUGGAGACUUUACACUCUCACGAAGGACUGAGGCAUGCAGCCUCCUUGUGCUGGUCAACGAGCUGUUUCCUCCUGGGUCCAGAACCAAAUUGCUAAAUUGUGUCAUGCUUGUGCAGACCCUAUUUGUGACUUCACUUCCUCUCCUACUGGGAUUUACCGAAGGGCUGGGCUUGUCCUGUCAUUCUAAUCCUUUGUCCCUGUAAGAGUCACCAUAUUCUUCAUCCAGAAGAAGUCAAGUUGGAUCAGAGACCAUGGAGAUCAGUCUGAAUUUCUCUGGCUGUUUUGCUCUGGCCCCAGCUGUGGCUUUACCCAGUUGUGCCCUCUGGUUCUUAAUUGCUGACAUGAGCUGGUUCUCUGUUAGCUUUAAUAACUACUAUAGUACUAUAAAUAUCAGAUAAGCUGCAGAUUACCCUGAAAGUUUUAAUUAGCCCAAUGGCAGCAAGUUUAUCUUCUCUGAAGGACAACGCCAUGCACAGCCCCAUGCUCAGAGUUAAUGGCCAUCUACAGAAGAUGAUCAGCUAGGGGCCAGGAAUGUAUAAUUUCCCUGCUAACCACUGAUUUAGUAAAGGCCUGGGAGAACAAAGGCCUCAGCAUGCCUGUCUCCCUCCCUCAAGCCCCUAGCACGUUAGCAAAUUAGCCACGUUAGGAGUCUGUAAUUUUCCAUAAAUACAGUGUGGGAAGAAUUUUGCUUGCUGAUAGGCUGGGGCUGGUUGGAAGGGCUAAAGGCGGGAGGGGCAGGACCAAUUUGCUCAUGGUUCACUUAGAGAAGCUCUUUUUUAUUUAUUUUUUUCCUGCUACAGUUCUCUUGUUGGCUGUGUGGCUUCGGAUAGGUGCUUGAUCUCACCAACCGCCAUUUAUUCAAGUGGGGAGUGUGGGUAAUGGCAGAGCCUGCCUCAGAGGGCUAUCGUGAGAGUAGGAUGAGACUUCACGUGUCAGUGGUCGUCAGGCAUUUUUAUGUAUCAGCUCUUUUUCUCCCUAGCAGUCCAGAUGACUGGGGAUCUGCAGAGGCUCAGGAUCUUUCUCACCUCUCCUUUUACCCGAGCUUCUGAUGCCCUCUCUGUACACAAAGAGGCCCAGCUGGGAUCACCCAGGACCCUGGCUCCUGAGCUGAGGCUGUGGCUGAGAAGGUGGCCAGUCUGAACUUCCUCAGCUGACCUCUUCUGGGUUCUUCUUCUUUAGUUCCUAUGGGAUUAGAGAGAAGCAAAACUUUUGCUUUCUUUUAUACGUUUUAAGUUUGAGAAACAAAGAGCUCUUUUUAAACUGUCCCCAGAGUACCGUUCUGGCCCGUGCUUCUGUAAGCCCAGGCAGUCACAGUGGAAACCCCAGUAAUGGUAGCAUCCUACAAGGCUAGGGUAGCCUGGGCCCCUGGCAAAGGCCCCUUCCAUGAGCUGCUCAGUAAACCUUCCCUGGAGGCACAGCACCCGCCAGCUUCAUCUUGCAGAUGAGUAAACUGGGAACCCCAGAGCCUGUAGGUCUGAUGCUUUCUGCCCCAGUCUGGUUUCUUUCCCCAGUCCUGGCCGGCAUGAAGCCUUUGUGAGAGCGGCACCGAAGUCUUCUCUCCAUCGACUGCAGCUCUUUGACAGGUCUCUCUCACCCACCUUCCUCAGCAGCGGAGAGGGGAGAGAGUUCUUUUAUUGUGCAUGUAUUUUUUUCAUUUUAAUUAAAGUAAUAGAAGGCAAGAGUUAAAAAAAAAAAAACAAAAAACAAAACCAAGUCAAAAAGUACCAAAAGGCAUAUGACAAAGUAGAGCAGUUCUCCAGGGUGCAGAGCCCUCUCCCUCCAGAGGCAACCACUGUUUCCUGGUGUUUACUUCCGUCUUUGUUAGUAAUAUGCUGAGAUCGCUUUUUCUACUCUCAUCACUUUUAAACUUGAUCUACUGAGAGCUCUUGCGCUGGUAGAUGAGAGUUUUGUCUCUGCAUCCCUCUCCCGCAUACUUCCUUCAUGACUUCCGCAAGGAGAGCAGAGCCCGGUGCAGCAUCUGCCAGAUGCAAGAGAGCUGUUUAUGUGCGAUGGCAUUCGAGUUACGAGAAUCAGGAAACAAGCCUGUGAUUUCUCUCACAGUUGGCACAAUGGCUCUGGGCUCCUCAUUAGCCCCGAUCCAGGUUCCUCUUGGUGGCCUGGCUCCUUUACGAGGUCUUGUAGAUGCCCCACCCUCUGGUCUUCGCGGAUCUCAAAACGUGAGUCGGGGGAGCUCCGCAGAGUCGGGUCAGCUUGGAGAAUUCCCGCUGCCUCCACAGGGUUUCCAGACUUCUGCUUGUCCAAAGGGUCUCUUGGGCAUCCAUGAGGAUAAGAAUGCUCUCAGCCUCUUGGCAUUAGGGGAGGAGACCAAUGAGGAUGAGGAGGAGAGUGACAACCAGAGUGUCCACAGCUCCAACGAGCUUUUCAAGAACCUGCACCUGGAUCUGGGGUCCCUGGGGGAGAACUUUGAAUAUGAGGAGUCUCCAAGAACAAGCCAGCCAGUGGAGAAGGACAUUUCUCUUGAUUCAGACCCUGCCGGCCCCGCUACUCCUGGAAAGCUCUUCGGCCACACUGGAGACAGUAGUCUGAGCGGCAGUGAUGGCAAAGGGCCACAGGACAGAAGGUCAAGUCCUUGGCUUGCAGGAAAAGAAGAGAAGGAGAAGAGUGACCCUGCGGCUUUCACAUGUCUGGUGACCCCUGGGGUGGACCCUGGGGUCAGUCAGCUUCCCAAGGCCUCUAAAAAGGACUCUAAAGAGGACCUGAGAGAUGCAGGUGAGGAGGCUUCCAGGAGAGAAGAGGCGGCAAAGGAGCUAAAGAGGGAGGCUUCUGCCCCCAAAGAGAGCAGAUCGGAUGCCAGUGAAGACUCGGAGGUUAGUGAACUUAUGAAGGAACCGCAGCUCUCAGACUCCGUGGCUUCUGACCCCAAGUCCUUCCUUGGUCUGGCCCUUGGUUUUCACAGCCGAGUCGCAGAGGACUUGCUAGAUGGUGACAUGCUUUCCCCUGUCCUGGAUGGCGCCCACUGGGAGUCUCAGGGCUUAGCAAGAGGAGACCGGGAUGGCAGUCAGUCCAGUCGAGCAGAGCUCCAGAGCAAGCGGUCCAAAGGCUCAGAGAGGUUGUCUCCUCCACUUCUACACGAGGAGCGGUCCCAGAGUCCCCUUCAUAGCCAGGUCACUGAAGAACAGCCUCCAAAGACCCCUGAGGGGCAGCCUGGGCGGAUGGAAGUGGGGGAGCCUGAGGAGGACUCUGUAGCCAGCCCCAUCCUGCUGGUGUCCCUCCAGAGGGAGCAGACCUCAAGCCCAGCAGCUGCCCACGAGAGGGGCCAGGCUGAGGAUCUGGGCUCUGGGCAGGAAGAGACUGAGGAGCCCCAGGAGGAGGUGGCAGUCAGUGCCAUUCCGCCAGUCUCUCCGGAGGUGCCAUCCCCAGAACCUUCGGGUCUCCCAAAGCACCUCUCGGCGCCUUCACUAGAAGUCCGGGAAGAGGCAGUGGCCCAGGAACUUGAGGAAGACCAGAGGCGGCUGCUGGAAUUGCGGCAAGAGAAGAUGGAGCAGCUUCGGAGAAAGCUGUGGCAAGAGGAGGAAGAGGAGAUGCGGCAGCUUCAGCAGAAGAAGGAGAAGUCUCUCAGUUCCCUGAAGGAGCAGCUGCAGAAAGCCACCGAGGAGGAGGAAGCUCGGAUGAGAGAGGAGGAGGGUCGGAGGCUGUCCCGGCUCCGAGCCCAGGUCCAGUCUAGUGUGGAAGCAGAUGAGGAACAAAUCAGAGCUGAGCAGGAGGUGUCUCUGCAGAGGAUAAGAGAAGAGUUCGAGGCUCUAGAAAAGACCGAAAGGGCCAGCUUGGAACAGAAAAGCAGGCGGACGCUUGAACAGCUCAGGGAAGAGUUCGAGGCCUCGGAGGAGAGAGCGCGGGCUGCCUUGAAGACGGAGAAGGAAGAGGCUUUGCAGCAACUGAGGCAGCAGCUGGAAGGGGAGAGGAAAGAAGCAGUGGCAGCGCUGGAGAGGGAGCACAGUGCUGAGCUGGAGCGGCUCUGCUCCUCACUGGAGGCCAAGCACCGGGAGGUCGUCUCUGGCCUCCAGAAGAAGAUAGAGGAAGCUCAGCAGAAAGAGACAGCCCGGCUUCAGGAGAACCUUGGGUGGGCAGAGCAGAGAGCUCACCAGAAGGCGCACCAGGUGGUUGAGUACGAGCAGGAGCUCAGCAGCCUCCUGCGAGAGAAGCGGCAGGAGGUGGAAAGGGAGCAUGAGAGAAAGCUGGACAAGAUGAAGGAGGAGCACUGGCAGGCCAUGGCUGAGGCCCGGGAGCUGUAUGAAGCCGAGGAGAGAAAGCAGCGGGCCGACCUCCUGGGGCACCUGACUGCAGAGCUGGAGCGGCUGCGGAGGGCCCACGAGCGAGAACUGGAGAUUGUGAGGCAGGAGCAGGAGCAGCAGCUCGAGGACCUGCGGCGCCGGCACCGGGAGCAGGAAAGGAAACUCCAGGACUUAGAGGUGGAACUUGAAACCAAAACUAAAGAAGUCAAGGCCAGAAAGGCUCAGCUGGAUGUCCAGGAGGAGACUGUGAGGAAGGAGAAGCAGCAGCUGCUUGAUGUACAGAGGCAGGUUGCUCUGGAGAGUGAGGAAGCUACAGCCACCCAUCAGCACCUGGAAGAGGCAAAGAAGGAGCACACCCACAUGGUGGAGUCAAAGAGGCAGCUCCGAAGGAUUCUGGACGAGCUGCAGGCCCGCAAGCUGGAGCUGGAGUCUGAAGUGGAUCUGCUGCAGGCGCAGAGUCAGAAGCUGCAGAGGCGCAUCAGCAGCCUGGAGGCUGAAGCUCAGAGGAGGCAGAACAUCUUGAGAGAGCUGGUGGCUGGGGAGAACAAUUCUUCUAUGCAUUUUGAGCCAGAUCUCCACAUUGAGGACCUGAGGAAAUCUCCUGGGACAAAGCAGAUCCAAGAGGUAUCUUCCCCUUUCUCCCAGAACAAGGAGGAGACCAUCUUGUCCUCGGACAGUGUCCGGCACUACCUCUCUGCCGAAGGGAUGGCUGUCCGUAGUGCCAAGGAGUUCCUGGUGCGGCAGACACGCUCCAUGAGGAGGCGGCAGACAGCCCUGAAAGCUGCCCAGCAGCACUGGCGCCAUGAGCUGACUAGUUCCCAGGAGGAAGCGGAUGACCCGCCGGGCACCAAGGCCCUGGAAGAUGUGCGCAAGAACUUGGAGGAGGAAACCAGGCACUUGGAUGAGAUGAAGUCAGCCAUGCGGAAAGGCCACGACCUGCUGAAGAAGAAGGAGGAGAAGCUGAGCCAGUUGGAGUCCUCUCUUCAGGAUGAGGCCUCAGAGGAGGACACUCCGAGAGGGAGCCCCGCCAAGAAGGUGGUGACCUUCGACCUCAGUGACACAGAAGACCUGAGCAGUGAAAGUUCCACAUCCUACCCGCUGCCUUUUGUCACCCAGACCCCAAGUCCUGCCUUCCCCAACAAGAUCCAUUACCUGAGCAGCUCCCUGCAGCGGAUCAGCAGCGAGCUCAAUGGUGUCCUCAGCGUGCUGGGCAGCCUCAGCACUCAGCCGCCGCCGCCACUCUUCACCUCCUCGCCGUCCUCCAGGAGUGCCUCUAUUCCCACCUUCUCCUCCCUGAACAGGGCCUCAGCCUCGUCCCCUGCUGUGCCCACGUCUACCCAGUGGGCUUGGGACCCGGGGCUGGGCCCUCGGCUCUCCUCCUCCGUGGCUCAGACAGUGGAUGACUUCCUGCUGGAGAAGUGGCGCAAGUAUUUUCCCUCCGGCAUCCCCUUACUCAGCAGCUGCCCUCCCCCACUGGAGAACAGGCUGGGCUACACGUCUGCCAGUGAGCAGCUCCGCCUCCUGCAGCGGCCCCAUUCCGGAGUCCCCGAGGUGGGCAGCGCCAGCAUCCAGGGCAUGAUUGAGGCCAACCGCAAGUGGCUAGACCGUUUCAAGAAGGACCCCAAAGUACAUCUCUUCUCCUCCUCGGUCCCCAAGCCAUCAGCCACUUCAAGCCUGCUGCAGCUGGGCCUGGAUGAAAACAACGGACUGAACGUGUAUCGCUAUUGAGCCCCAAGGUGGGCUUGGCAGCUGGCUCCUCCCCAGACCAAGUGCCUAAGCAGCUGCCUGCACUUUAUUCGGACAGAGCAUGCUCCUGUCCUCUGCUGUGCCCCACUCAGGAGCUGGAGGAAUCUGGAAAUGGGGGGAAAGGAUGGGAUGAUUGGAAAGUCAGCCACACUCCGUGACCAAGAACCUGACCUCGGGCUGAAAUGCAUGGACUUACAUGAGCUCGUGCAUGAACUUGGCAGCACUGAGGAGGUGUGCCCAUGGAGGGGCCUUGGGGACACUGGCACCUUUGGAAGGAAGGGUGGCAUUCAUAGAGCUGCCUUGGAGCCAAAGGAAUCCCUCUGGAGUAGGGUUGGUCUCGUGGACCGUCAGGGCCGUGCUGGGGUUCACGCUCCAGGACAAAGCCUCCCAGUAUGUUUGUGCCCUGGGACGUGGCUGUUCUGGGCCAGCAUCUAUCUAAUACCUCAGCCUUGUGAGAUCACAUGCUUUCUUUUUCCUGCAUUCUUGAAUGUCUCCUUUCUGGAACAUUCCAACUUUCCUUUUGACUGUCUCAGGACUGGGCUCAGCUGUGCAGAGCCCUGCUGGAAGUUGGAGGCUGGCCCUAGGACGUUUGGCCUGUUCCCCUCUGCCAGCGCCGUGCUUUCCUCAGGGCUGUUGGGAGUGUCCUCCCCUCCCGCCCCCUCCCCUGGCGCUCCUCCCAGCUAGUAUCUCAGGUCUCAUGCCCACUUUUCCAGGAAGCUGGAAGCCACAGGAAAGGAUGGAUGGCUUCUGGCCCUCAUUGCAGUUUUUCUUUUCCUGGAACACCUUGGGUGCAGUCAUAGCCCUGUUUCCAUCUAUCUUUUCCACCUGUGCCACCCCUGUCCGAUCCCAGAGCUUGGCAUGAGGGCUAGGCUAGUUCCUGUCAUUGGCAGGGAGAGGUCUUGUACCAGGCAGAGCUGCCACCCUGCUGGCACAGCUUCCUGCAGACCCACUGCCCCCACCCAUUACUGGGCCCCUAUGGGGCUGCAGGGAAUGUUCUCUGACAUCUGUUCUGUUGUUUAAAUGAAAUGCCCCAUUUUUUAAUUUUGAAAGCUAUGAGGUUACCCUUGCUUCCCCAACCCACAGAAACCAACUCUCACCAUUCCACCACUCAUUUGUUUGCCAUAGAAAAAGACCGGAUCCAGUGGCUUUUUUACCCCCUCCGUUAUUUUCUAGGCAGCAGCCUGCUACACACAGAAGUCUUUUGUUGUUUGACGCAGUCUGUGUGCUUUGGGAAUAGCUCAUGUGGUACGACCAACUCUGGCGACAAUCCUGUGUUUUUUUGCAUCAAUUAAAUCUUUGCAGGUCCAUUUUCUACAAGGCA